GCUUGAUAUUGACCUAGAUGUUCAUUCAGAGUUCGGUCGAUGCGAAACUUGACAUCUGCGCGUUCCUGCGUUUUGUAUUUUCGAUUUAAAUGUCCACUAAGCUCGUGGGCUGUCUCAUUUGUUUCGCUUUAAAAUCUUUGUACGAGUCCCGUGGAUUCCGUCGUGAUUCCGGAAUCCAUUUUUCUGUAUCAUUUAUGGACACUGUUGAACACUCUCCGUGAGUGGGAUGUGUAGUGCGAUGUACGGCAGUCCCCGUGCGAUCGACAUCGUCGUGGCCGCCGUUAUAAUGGUUCAACGUCACUUUGAUCUCAAAUAGUUUUGGCUCUUGAUUUACUUAAAAUGGAAAGCUCAGCCUAUAUUCCCGCAGUCACUAAAAGUAUUCCGGCCAUGGACGUCAAAUUUUCUGAAGGUGAUGAAGAAAAGUCAAAAGCUCCUCUAAGUGAGGAAAUUGAGCCGGAACGUGGUAACUGGACGGGACGGUUUGAUUUCCUUUUGUCUUUAUUGGGAUACAGUGUCGGUUUAGGAAACGUGUGGCGGUUUCCUUAUCUUUGCUACAAUAAUGGCGGAGGUGCUUUUCUGAUUCCAUUUACGGUGAUGCUCGUGAUAGCUGGUCUGCCACUGAUGUUUAUGGAACUGUCUUUCGGUCAAUAUGCUGCUUUGGGUCCUGUUGCCGUUUACAACAAAUUCUGUCCUCUCUUUCGAGGGCUUGGAUACGGCAUGGUCAUUGUUUCUAGUAUUGUCAUGCUAUAUUACAAUCUGAUUAUAGCUUGGACAAUAUUUUACAUGACUGUCUCAUUUUCGAGUAUAUUCUAUCAAUUACCUUGGCAAAAUUGCAAGGCUGAAUGGAGUACAAAACAUUGCUACUCUUAUGAAGAAGCAGACGAAUGCGAAGCUCAAAACGGAACGUACUAUUUGAGACAAUGUUUCAACCAGAGCUAUUCAGUUUCACACAAUAUAACGGCCUUAGCCAAAACCGCGCUUAGAAGACCUCCAGCUGAAGAAUACUUUACGAACCAAGUGCUAGGUUUAUCGAGUGGAAUAGAGGAGACGGGCGAAAUUCGUUUGGGAAUGGCUAUGUGUUUGUUAGCUGCUUGGGUGAUUGUCUUUUUAUGCCUGUGCAAAGGAGUGCAGUCUUCUGGCAAGGUGGUUUAUUUUACUGCUCUGUUCCCAUACGUGGUUUUGGUAAUCCUAUUUUUCCGAGGAGUGACAUUACCUGGCGCAAUUACUGGUAUUCUAUUUUACCUUACACCGGAUUUUAGUCAGCUAGCCAAUGCUCAGGUAUGGGGAGAUGCGGCUGUUCAAAUAUUUUUUGCAUUAAGUCCAGCAUGGGGUGGUCUGAUCACACUUUCUUCAUAUAACAAAUUCUCUAACAAUUGCUAUAUAGAUUCCCUAAUAGUGGCCGUGUCGAACAUAGCGACAUCAUUUUUUGCCGGUUUGGUAAUAUUCUCAGUAAUCGGUUUUCUGGCACAUGAGUUAAAUGUGAGUGUAGAUCGCGUGGUUGAUCAGGGAGCAGGACUUGCCUUCAUCGUCUAUCCAGAGGUUGUGACAAGGCUGCCUAUUUCACCGCUUUGGUCCAUUUUGUUUUUUGUUAUGCUUUUGACCCUUGGACUGGAUUCACAGUUUGCAUUGAUGGAAACCGUUACAACUGCCAUAUUAGACAGAUUUCCCAACUUCCGCCAGAAAAAAGGCUGGGUAGUGUUUAUUGUUGCUGUUUUUGGAUAUCUAGGUGGACUCAUCUUUACUACGAACAGUGGUAUGUACUGGCUGCAACUGAUGGAUAAAUAUGCUGCGAAUUGGUCGGUCCUGAUCAUAGCCAUUGGAGAAUGCAUUCUCAUUGCUUGGAUAUAUGGUGCGGAGAAAUUCUGCGGGGAUAUUCAGCGUAUGAUUGGUCGUCAGUCCAAAUUGUGGGUGUACUUUUGGAGCGCUAUGUGGCGCAUUAUCACCCCCGCUGCAUUGGUGUUCAUCCUAGUGUUCAACUGGAUUGAGUACAAGCCUGCUUCGUAUGGGCACUAUGUUUAUCCAAUGUGGGCCGAUGCUGUGGGUUGGACAUUGGGAGUGCUACCCGUCGUCGUCGUUGUGCUGAUGGCUGUCGAUCAGAUUUGCAGUGGCCCUGAUGAUCUGACCAUAAUGGAGAAAGCACGAGUACUGGCACGACCGACUGAAGAAUGGGGUCAAGCGGGUUCUACGGCAACGUGCUUGUCUACUCUGCGCGUUGAAACAGAGCUUUCUCCGCCAGUGCUGCUUCUGCACGGACGCCCUGUGUUAAGGGAGCGUGGUGCUUGACCCCCGCAUCAUCCGCUCAUCGCUAAGCGGAAGAAAUCGCAAGAUGGAGGUGACUCUACAUCUGUUACGAGUGCAGCAGAAAAUGAGAUAAAAAAGGCUGAAGUGUCAAUAAAAACUAAGAGAAACUCUAUCAAGAAAAAGGUACAGAAUUUAAGUCAUGAAUCUGAUGAUGCCGUUAACGAACCCUUACUUAGAAAUGAAUCAGAUAACAAUAGUCAAAGUGCCAAAUUUAUUCCCGCACCAAAAACAGAGAGUGCCAGUGAUAUCAUACGUGAUAAAAAUUAUAUUUUUAAUGACGCGAAAAUGAAAUUAACUGGUAUUCAAAAUAACACAAACGACUUUCCACCACAUAAGCUGGACUGUACAGAAACGGCCCCUUUUCAUAAUCAUAUGAAUACAAAUGUUUUCAAUAGCUUUGAUCCUACUAGAAAUGCUUCAUUACCCAAAACUCAAAUAUUGGUUGAAAUAGAGGGAUGUAAGUCAAUUCCGUAUAACCCAAGCUCACUCAUUUUUACAACGGCUAGAAUACAUAAUGAUAAUAAAUCUAAAAACUUGGAACCAGUACAGAUGACAGCCGUGCCAAUAUUAUCAACUAUUGAAGUAAGCAUGUCAAACAAUAAGAAAUCCAAUGAUACAUUAAAAACUAUGACUUCUACGGCGAAUACAAACGUAAAAGAAGAACAACAGAAAGCCGAACCUGAUGCAGUGUGUCAAGGUAUAAUGACUAAGCCAUCUGAUACGAAAAUACAUCAUAGUAUUAAAGGUAAUACUGCAGCAAACGGUAAAAACAUUCUAAAAUAUGCUAAAAACUCGACAAACAAUGUUUCGGUGAACCCUGAAGCAAAACUGUCACUAGAAAGUAAAAUUGUCCCACAAACAGAGGAUAAAUCCCAACAAAAUAAGACCACUUUAUUAGGUGGAAGCGGCAAAAAAGACGGUAAAGGUUCAAAGGAAAAUGAGUCGAGUAAUAAUUGUGAAAAUAUGAAAAAGAAAAAUGUUAGCGAGAGUAAAGCAGAUGACAUUAAAAACUCAAAAAAUAAUAAUACUUUAAAUUCUGGAGAAAAUAAAACGGAUAUAUCAACAAAGCAAAAUUUACAGAGUGUUAAAUGUGGAAUUUCUUCUUAUAGCAACAAGUCAUCCAAAGACACGGUGUCUGCAAUAAAACAGUUACCAAGGCAGAAAACUGCCAUUGUAGAAGAUAUUGAUGAUUUACCAUGUAAAACAAAAUCUGUAAAAACUGAAACUACUACUAUCAGUGCUUCAAAAGAAACUACGAAAGUACCUGUUGAUGUUAUAAAGUCAUCCAAAGGUUCGACGCAGCAUAAUGUCUCAAUCAUCAAUGAUCAAAAUAUUAUAAAAACAAGCGUUAUUAAUAGUCCAAUUACAACAAUCAUCACUUCUACUACUUCGCCCAAGUCCUCUUCGGUAAUUAUAACGAAACCCGUUGCAGUUACAGCGCCUAUAUCGACUAUUUUAACACCAAUUGCCUCCACGUCAAGACCUAAAAUACCUUUAGAUUCGAAACCAAGUUCCACACAGAAUACUACGGUUGUGACAAAAACAACCAGCAGCGGUCUGUGUAUAAAAUCAGAAACAAGUGUUUCUUCUCCAGCUGCAAUAAAUAAUAAACCCAUUGUUACCAAUACGGUAAAAUCGGAUUCUGGUCUUAACAAUUCGACGGCCUUAAAGAAUGUUGUGAAAUCACCACUAGCUAAAACUGCUUCGGUGAAAACACCAACAACCAAUGUGAACAAAGUACCAUCAGCAAUAAAAUCAACAGUUUCAGUGAGUACGCCAAAAUCACAAGCGCCAACGUCGACUGUAAAUAUGGCAUUGACUUCAGCCAAUAAUAUUUCCAAAUCAGAGACAAGUAAAAACAAUGGGUCAAAACCUAACGAAUUUAAAAAAGAUGAUAGAAGUUUUAAUGUCUAACAUUUGCAGAUUAUUGUUUCAAACAAUAACAUUUUAAAACCAAAGCUCAAAUCAAAGUGCUAAUUUCAUUAUUUGAGUUUUUUAUUACUUAAAGUUUAUACUAUUUAUUAAAAUCUGUUUAAAGUACAAAAUAAUUUAUCUAAAACGUAAGUUGCACACAGUUUUUUUGGACUUUUCUCAGUUUGCCAAUAAAUAAGAUGAAGCUCAUUUAAGUUAUAGUGUAAAUAAUUAAUCAUAGGUAAGGUUUGGAUUUUUAAAAAAUAUUUAAAUUCCGACACGUGUCGAGACGACAAACCAAAAGAAUAUUAAUGCCAUGUGUCGAUUAAACACAAAGAAAUGCACGAAUAUUAAUUGCAUCUUGCAAUGGUUGUUUAGUGAAUUUAUCAUAUUUGCUCACGUUAUAAACGGAAUUGACAUAAAAUUUAGUACCUACUCUGUCUUUUACAACAAUAAUUAUAUUAUUAUUAGGAUUAUUUGUUAUGUCCAUCCUAUACAUAUGAUUUGUGUAUCGUUGCAUAGCAUAUAAAAUUCUUCUGAAACAAGGUACAUGUAUGUUUUCUUUUUAUUAAGUAGAUUAGUGGUGCUAAUUGUAAAACAAUACUUUUCAUAGACAAUAUUAUAUUUUCGAAACAAUUUUCAGAUGAUUUAAUAAAUCAUCUCUUAUAUUGUCAAUUUGUGCAAUUAUUUAUUUGAAUGAAUUUAAAUUUAAAAACAACACACUUGUUAACAAGUCCUUUUUUAUGACGUAAUAUCUUUAUUACGAUAGGGUCUGUAUAAAGCAUAGAAUACAAUUUGAAGGUGAAUAGUUUGCAUUCAACUUACAAGCAAAAACAAAUCUCUCUUAAACUUAUCAUAUUCAUUUCUAUACUUUAUGUACAUACAUACGUCUGCAUAGUUAUCAGAUUUACACUAUAAGAAUUAGGAGCUCUCGUUUAUCUGAUCUUUUAAACCAGUGAUUUAAAAGGGUAUUAAUUGGGUAUUUACCAAAAACAAUAUUCGACUUUUUCCAUUAUAAACAAUUGCUGAGAUAUUCAUUUAUAUUAUAAAGUCGAAAGAAACGCAUUAUAACAUGAUCUCAGAGGUUUCAUUUAGUAGGGAUGAGCUUUGUUAUGCUUUGUGGCUUUUACAGCGGCUUGGCAUUAAAUAUACCGUCAGUUCGUCUGUCUAUCUAAAUCAAUAAAAUAACCACCAUUCCCCAUGGAACAUACUACGUAAAAGACAGAGGGAACUAAAGUCUCUCAAUAUACCCAGGGGUUUUGAACAAUUUAUGAGACUGCGAUUAUGGAGGAACCGAAUGGACUUCUCUUCUGUAUCGAGUCAAAUGGAGCUGCACAUUGAGAGUCUCGGCUCACAGACGUUAGCAGACUUAGCUCGUGUAAACCAUUCGUGAAGUACUACUUCGCUCUGUUCAGGCCUCUUAAACGUGAGACUGUAUCUUUCAAACGCACCACUCCAAAUUUCAAACGUCAUGUCAAAUGUCCGUCUUCCAUGCGUUCACGUAUGGUUCCGAUUGACUUAGAACUUAGUGCAGUUGUAAUGACCAUUUCAUCAUCAAUAACUUGCGAUGGCUGAAUGGUGCAUAAUUACAUAGCCUCUACCAAUCGGUGUUUUUCUUAAAUUUAGGCAUAUCGGAGAGUGAACUGGUUUCACUAUAACAUAACAUUUAAUUUCACAAAAAAUUGUUAUAAUUUUUCAUUUUUAAAUAAAUAGGUCAUACGUAUAAUAGAUAGGCAUCAGUGCCAUUUUUUUGUAAUCCGCGCUAUUUCAAAUUUGUUAACUGAAAUUCAUGAAAUGAGGUUUUUAUCACACUAUUGAAACUGCACAAAAACUUCUUGCAAUUAAUUAGUUGCAUUAAAAGUAUUUGAAUCGAAAAUUUGAAGCCAAAACUUCAGAUAGGCAGUAGAAGCAUUCAAAUAAUUAGGAGGUCAGUGCACUUUCAGGAAGUAUUUCUAGUUAAUCGUAUUCGGAAAUGCGUACUUUUAAUAAAAUAUUGAACCUACAUUAUUACCUUUGUAGAUAAUGAAUUAGGAACUUAGAUUCGUCUUUAGGUACUUAACUCAAAUUGUAGAUUUAUAGAUAAUAAGGGAAGUUAUUGUCCUCUGUUGAGUUGUUAUAAUUUUUAGAUAACUUUAUUUUGAUAAAUAAACCGGUUUAUCCCGUCAUUAGUAAAAUGAAGUCGCAUUAUGCAGAUUCAUGGGUAAUGUAUUGAUUAAUAUAAUUAUUGAGACAUUUUUCAUAUUUUUUCGAUAAAUAAAUCCUGUUUAGUUACUGGUUAAGCGUGACUACCCCCUGUACCCUUCCGGGGAAUUAUCUUAUAGGGAAUAGUCACAGUUUGACAAAAUGAAUGUAAUCGCGAUACGCGUGUGACGCGUGUAGAACUGUAGGUGCAUAGAUAUGUUACAUCGUUUACCUGUAUUAUAAUUGAUAUAAUAAGGGAAUGCAAAAGCGUGCGUCACGGGCAGCAACGGUAAGCAAUCAUCGAGCAAUAACCGUAUCGCCAUAGCAUUUGGCAUGUUGCGGAAAAUAUCUUUAAAUUUCAGAUACGUACGUGUUUCUACAAGACAAUUAACAAUGCCUAAUAAUUAUUAGCAUAUUGUUGUUAAACUUGAUGUAUUUUAGAGAAUUAUUGAUGAAAUCGAUGUUACAUAGAUGUUUAUUGUAAAUAAUUAGAUUAAAAUGAUGCCAGAGUCGUGUGGAAUGAUUUAGAGGUGUUAUAGAAGGCUGUAUUUUUGGUGAUAUUUUAGAAAGGAAGGAUGCAUAUCUUUGGUAAUAUUAUUUAAAUAUAACACUGGAAAUUUGUGUCAAGAGAAAGGAUAUAGAAACGGUAACGAUGUGAUAACUGUAAUGUGCGAAGGAUUAGUAUUAGUGUUGUUGUGCUAUUAAUAAAAUAUGUUCAACCGUGUUUA